AUGCCCAGCCUCAGCGCCCAACACGCCGCAGCAGGCCGCGUGCGCUUCUACCGCGGCGCGUCGGUCGACGGGCGCGUAGUCGACGUUGCCGUCGAAGGGCGCCGCAUCGUCGCCGUCAACGAGCAGUUUGAUCCCCAGCACGCGCCGGAAGGCGCCGUCUGGGUCGAGGCCAAGGGCAAAGUGCUUGCCCCGGGACUCAUCGACUUGGUACCUGCGUCUGAAGACGGAGUGGCGCGCGGAGUGACCACGACCGUCGAGGUCGUCCCAGCGUCUGAGCUCAAGGAACGCACAGCGAAGGGCAACGUCGCGACUCUCGUCUCAGUGGCCGAACUGACAGCCGAAGCGCUGGAGAAGGCGCUCGACUGGGGUGUGUACGGUGUCCAUAUCGCACAAGGCGACGACGCAGCUGCCAUUGAUCCGCUGGCCCGUAUCAUCGCCGAACGCAGGGGGUACCUCUCUGCCGACGUCGACGAGCCAACAGCCGCAUCGUUGAUCAAGCUCGCCGAACAGACGGGAUGUGCUCUCCUCCUCCUCAACUCCACCCCUGACAUCUCGACACAGGCGGACGCGGCAAGAGAGCGCGGGGUACGCGUCCACGUCUGGCAGGGCAUCUCCCCAGAGCAAACAAGCGCCGCGGCACGCCUCCUCGGCCUCGACGUGGCUUCUGAACCUCGCGGCGUCAUCCGUCCCGGAGCGAUCGCCGACCUCAUCCUCUUCGACGGCGACAAUGUCGUCGAGGUGCUCGUAGCCGGGGCUGUGUCUUGUGCUGGCAGCCAGCUCCGCCUUGCGCCGCCGGCACACCGCGCCGUCGUUCCGGCUGUCAACUUUGAGAUCGACGCGUCCGGCAGUGUCAGGCUUGACGGCCUCCGGGUCGACGACGCAGCAGUGGGCGGCGCACAGGAGAUCCUUGGAGAGUCACGUACCGACGGCGUUGUCGUUCGCACCAUCGUCGAAGGCGCGCUCCCGACCGAAGGCUUCAAGCUUACCAUCGACGGCUCAGGCGUCACGAUCGUCGGCGGUUCGGACGAGGGCCUCUUCCGCGGCCUGAUGGUCCUCGACCAAAUACGUGACCCGCAUAACCCCUCCCUCCCAGUGCCAUACGGCACGUGGUCCUCGUCCCCGGCACACAAGUGGCGCGGGCUCAUGCUCGACGUUGCGCGGCAUUUCCGCCCGGUGGACGACGUGUGCCGCUACAUCGACCUCAUGGUGCGGCAUGGCCUAAACACACUGCACCUGCACCUGACAGACGACCAGGGAUGGCGGUACGAAGUGCCCGGGUGGCCGUUGCUCACGACUGUCGGCGGCACAAGGUCGAGCACGCAGCUCGGCCACGGGCCACAGUCGACCGUCGAGCCUGGGCUCCACGAGGGCUGGUACACCACCGCGGACCUAAAGACCAUUGUCGCGCACGCCGCCGCGCGCUUCGUGACCGUCGUCCCCGAGGUCGAGUUCCCGGGCCACGUGCAGGCUGCGCUCGCCGCGUACCCUUCCCUCGCCAACAGCGACGUGCCAGGCGGUGCUCCCACCGAGCCAUGGCCCCGCUUCGGGCUCAACCCGCACACCAUCAACCUGGAAGAGUCGACGCUAGACUUCUGCCGCACGGCCAUCGACACCCUCGUCGACAUCUUCCCCUCCCAGCUCAUCGGUAUCGGCGGCGACGAAGUCCCGUCUGUCGAGUGGGCGGCCUCGCCCCGUGCCCUGGCUCGCAUGGCUGAGCUCGGCAUCGCCAGCCCCAAGCAAAUCCAGCCGUGGAUCACAGCUCAGCUCUGCGCGCACGUCACGUCGCGGGGACGGAAACCGUACGCGUGGGACGAGGUCCUCGCCGGCCCCGUGCCAUCAGACAUGGUGAUCGCAGCGUGGCGUGGGCCGGUCGCCUCCCGCGUCGCGCUCGAACGCGGGUUGCAGUGCGUCGCGUGCCCCGACAUGGAGGUGUACCUCGACUACAGGCAGAGCGAGAGCCUCGAGGAGCCCGUUCCCGUCGGGCCCCCACUCACACUGCAAGAGACGUACGGGUUCAAGGUGCCCGCUGGGUGUGUGGGCGGACAGGCCAACGUGUGGACCGAACACCUGCGUACGCGUGACCAGGUCGACUUUGCCAUGUUCCCGCGCCUGAGUGCCAUCGCUGAGCGGCUGUGGGCCGGCGGCGAGCCGCGCGACUAUGCCGACUUUGAGAGCCGACUGGAGACUCAUUUGAGGCGCCUGCAGGCCUGGGGAGUCAAGUUUAGGCCGCUGGACGGGCCCACGCCGGAGCAGCGCAAGCCUGGUGUCCCUGGUGCCCCUCGGACCAAGGAGUUUAGAAUCAAGGCGGUGGAGGAGAUGGUGAGGGAGCUGGUUGAGCGGGAGUGACAUGGG